UCUCGCAGGCCCCGAGCCACGGCGACACCCCGUCUACCCGCACAGCCUUGUCUCACCUUUCGGCAGCUCUAUCUUGGAGGGUGGCGGUGGCCUAUGGUACGAGCCAACGCUUGUCCUCCCACCUGCUCCCCAUACUGACUCUCCAAAGUCUGAUCUGGACCUUGUGAACUCGCUGCCGAUGUCUGCUCCCCUACUCACCUAAGCAAUGCGCCGACCUCCAGACAAGGAUGGACAGCCGGCCCUGUCCGAGAGGGAUGUUGAUUCAUCGAAUGCCACGCUCAACACUCUCUUUGGAGGCGCCCGGCAGAAGUCAUGGAUGCUCGGUGCUGGAGCUCCAGUGCGUCCAACUCCACGGACGAACGUAUCGAGAUCUACGUUGCCGCCUGUCGCAAUGGCACAGAGGACGGCCGCUCCAGUUCUGCCAUCCCCAACCCCAAGCGAUGAACCGAGUCCGAUAAUUUCGAACAAUUCUAUAAACGGGGCACGCAAUGAGAACCGCAGCGCCAUACGCAAUGACGGAAACAGGCGUACCUCUGCAACAAAUACCAGUCCUCCGCGAAACCAACAAACCUCCCCAAACGAGGCUGACAUUCAAAUUCGGGCUGGGCCUCAAGCCACAGAGACACAACCUCGACCCACCUCAUCCUCAAGAUCGCAGAUCCAGGCUGGACCGUCUACCGCAAUAUCGACACAGAUGGGUGACUCCCAACCGUCCACGACGAUGACUGAGCUCCCGCCGCUCCCUUCAUCUGUACUGCUUCCAUCAGACCAAGAACAUCGGAUUCAACUACAGGAAGUCCAGUUGCCGUCGUUGCAAAAACAAAUAACAAGCCACCAACAAGUUCAAAGCCCGGUUCAAUUGAGCUCACCGGCUGCGGUUGGGUCUUCACCAUCGAGGGAUCAAGCACAUCAAUACCCAGGAUUGCAGACACAAGGGGGCCAGAGUAAUCAACACUGGCAGGGCGCACGAGGGCAAUUGCCAAGUCCUACUCAAACCAGCACAUCCUCCCCAAGGACAAACUCGGAUUUGCCGCUGCCCUCUACCUUGAUGGCAAACCAAAAUCAAUCAUAUCCAAGUCCUGGGACGUUUCACGCAAGUGCCUCCCACAAGCGACAGCGAACCCAAGUCGCUGUUAUGCCGUCAUUAAAACCUCGAGUGGCUAUGAUCGAAACCCACAUCGAGUCAGUGGGCGGCAGAAUGAACUUGAACGCAGGGCUAGAGAAACCUCGUUUUCAAUUACUCAUAGAAGCCUGCAACAGCGAAGAUGCGUUCUAUGUUGCACUUCAUCAAGUCUUCUGUGUCUGGGACUUCGAUCAAAAUGACGUUGCUGCUAUUCGUGGAUUUCCCAACCGUACCGUUCUUCAUUCAGCUUUCAAGGUGCUUGGACAACUAAUUCGAGACAAUGAACAACUAGCCCCCAACCACAAGAAGUGGUUUGCUGGGUUUCCCAGCCCCCUAAACCAUUUGAUGAACAAUUCAGAGCCUUAUCAACUCGUAAUGGCCGAUGUUGGAAUAUUCUUGGACAAGCUUGCGGCGGAAUGGAUUCCUUUAUCAAUGGAGUGCACUAAAAGAGGAUAUCCACCUCUAGUCGACGAGCUUGUGAAUCGAAUGGGCCUGCUGUCGCCUAUCCUGCAAGGCGUAGUGUUCACAGCCACACGUCGGACUAUGGGAAUCAGUGAUGGAGAGACUGGAACGAGGGCGGAAAGCCUCUUUAGAAGAGAUCAGCGGGAUCAUCAAUUACUCGCUGCUCGAUAUAACACAAACCGGCCACCCACUGCCAAGGAGGUAAAUGAGCGAAACGCUCACCUCGCAAAUGAGUAUAUUGCUCUUCACAACCAAUUCUUGCAGCAGCGGCGGGCUUCAGGGCCGGCGUACGGUAGUCCGUUAGGGCAGGUUUCUACACCCACACCGGUAGUCCCCAGCAAUGCACAUAUUCAACAAGGUGCCCAACUUGCUGUUCCUUCGCCUUGGCAACAAAACCCCCAGCAUCAGGCUUCCUGGAACCAGAAUAUGCCUAGUCCUGACCCAGCUGGAAGCUGGCAAUUCGGCAACCAGCAAGCUCAAAUGAUGGGAAGAACAACGGCUGGUUCGCCCAAUCCUUCCAUCGUUGCAGGUCGGCCACCAAGUGUAGGUGCUCAUCGAGUGUAUGCAAACACACCGAGUCCGACUCUUCUCCAGGGCCUCUCUAUGCAAUCACCCGUUCAAGGCUUCCAAUUCCCUCCUACAGCUAGGAGCAACAGUGGCCAAAUGCAGGUUUCCCAGAAUACUUCAGCUUAUGCAGGACCUAAUGGAACGUUCUCUCAAAAUGGCGCACAGCAUGUCGACCCAUCGGCACAGCACCGAAACCAGAUAAUGAUACAGCAGCAGCAGCAGCAGCAACAACAGCAACAGCAACAGCAGCAACAACAACAAGUAGCGGCACAGUAUCAGGGACAAGGGCAGCAUAGUUUGGCUUCAUAUCAGCAAGCCUUUGCAUCACAGCAGGGUCAAUGGCAACAAAAUCCUCAACAGCAACAACAGCAACAACAACAGGCAUUAUUAGUGCAGCAGCAGCAGCUCCAGCAAAUCCAACAACAGCAACAUGUGCUUAGCCAACAGGUCCUGAACAUGAACAGAACCGCUCAACUAAGACAGAGCAGUAGCGGGGCUCUCGACUUACAGCAGCGUGCUCAUGCCAGAAACAGCAGCAUUAGUAGUAGUGGGCGUCGAACACCAGGUGUGAAUCCCAUGCCUGGUCCCUCGCCCCGGCUGAAUCAAGAAUCUGUACCGGGUCCUCGAAGAACACAGCCGGUCUUCAUCGAUCAAAUACAGAAUGAAAUUCAAGCGUACAGCCAAACCCACCCACUUCAACGGCCCCUUGUGCCUCCCCUAGGAUAUGUACACCCUCAACAGGCCGUGAACCCGGAGAUGACUGCUCUCCAUCAGGCACAUAUCCGAAGCCCACUCUUGGUUCCUGUCUAUGCUCCACCCGCCACCAUGAACAAAGAGGAUCCGGCCUUUCGAUACUAUCAAGCUGUACGAGACUUUGCACUUGAUCCAACAAAGAUACCCACAAAUACACCUUUGUCAAAAUUCGAAUUCCGAGUUUCAGAAGCCGACUUUCAACUUAUUCCCAGAGACGGCCCGCCAAGCAGUAGUCAGCUGGCGACGCGAGAGUUCAGACGUGGAACACUCCAGUUUCGCCUGCGAUGUAUUCAGAUGAAGAAGUCCGAUGCAAUAUGCUCUACGCCAGACUGGAUAGUCAACGACACAGUUUGGCCAGAGAGCGCAUGUUUAGAGAUCAAUAAGAAACACUUAGAGAUUAGGCGGAAGAAUCACCACGGAAAAGACCUCCCCAUCGACAUCACAGCAUUCGUGCGAGCUGCCGGGCCUAAUUCAGCGAAUCGAAUCACCGUAUCAAUUACCAGAGGUCGAACCAAGAUGAAAGAUUUCACCUAUUUCCUUGCCGUUGAAAUAAUCGAAAUACUUCAACACGGUCAGAUUCUUGAUAUGUGCCGACAACACCGAGUUCCUGCAUAUCAAACCUUGGAUAAGAUCAAGAAGAGUCUUGCAUCUUCCCAGAAUGAUGACGAUGAGAUUGCAAUGGUGUCGAGCGAUAUCUCUGUUGAUCUUUCCGAUCCUUUUACAGCCCGGAUUUUCGAGACGCCUGUGCGUGGCAGCAACUGUCUACACCGUGAGUGCUUCGACCUCGAGACCUUCCUUAUCACUCGAAAUAGCAAGCCCAAGCGUCCCCAGCAACCUUGCAUGAUUGAUGUUUGGAAGUGCCCUCUGUGUGGCAGGGAUGCUCGACCAUAUAGCCUCCAGAUUGACGACUUCCUUGCGUCAGUGAGAGCAAGGCUUGCAGAGCAGGACAAUCUCGAUGUAAAAGCUAUUUGGAUUGAUGCAGAUGGAAAUUGGUGCCCCAAAGAAAUACCAAGAUCCUCGGUAAAGCGAUCUCACCCGGACGAUAGUGAGGACUCGAGCGACGACGAGGGUGCUCGGAAGCAGAGAGCUCUCUCAGCAGCAAAUCAGACGAGGAGUAUUAAGAAGGUGGUGGAGGUCAUUGACCUGGACGAUGAUUAAUUUAGCUUUCAAAAGAAUUUUGGUUUUGGUUUUCUAUUUUUUGUUAGCCGGGGUCGCCUUUGCAUUGCAGCGUUUAUUGGCGUUAGGCUGGCCGGGAUGGCUGUUUGCAUACAUCUUACACGGAGUCACUACUUGCUCUACUGGAGCUUUACCGAAAGGAAAUGGCGUCAAUAUGGAGUUUGAUCCUUUGCUUGGCUAAGCAUCUGGCGUUACAAUACUCUGGGUCGCCGUUUAUGAGGAGUUGAUUCCAUGGGUCUACGAGGAAUACGAUGGGACUCUGCCCUUGAACAGACGCACACAUAUGU